UAUAUUGUGUGUAUAUAUAUAUAUAUAUAUAUAUCCAAUCGGGACUGAGAUUUGAGAGACAGAGAGACAAAGAGAGACGCAAAGGCUGUGUGGCUGCGUUUGGAUUCAUUAUAAUAAUUGAAUAAAGAACUGAACAACAACAACAGCAACCAGGCUUUGUAGAAUCACCCAUAUAAUAUAACGAAGGAAAAACCAAAAGAAGGUGAUCAACUUUGACACACACACAGAAACUCAGAGAGAGAUUGUGGGGUGGGUUUGUUAUAUGGUGAGCAAGAAGGAGUUGGGGUUGGAGAAGAAGGGAAUGCAACUAGGCAAGUACGAGCUGGGAAGGACUCUAGGAGAAGGCAAUUUUGGAAAGGUCAAAUUUGCUAGGAACAUUGAAACUGGUCAAUGUUUUGCCGUUAAAAUCCUCGACAAGAACAAAAUCAUUCACCUCAACAUCUCCGAUCAGAUAAAGAGGGAGAUUGCCACCUUGAAAGUCCUCAAACAUCCUAACGUUGUCAGAUUACACGAGGUGUUGGCAAGCAAAACCAAGAUUUACAUGGUCUUAGAAUAUGUGACAGGAGGGGAACUGUUUGACAGAAUUGCUUCCAAGGGGAAGCUUAAAGAAGACGAAGGUAGGAAGCUCUUUCAACAGUUAAUUGAUGCAGUAAGCUACUGCCACACUAAAGGCGUUUUUCACAGAGAUCUCAAGCUCGAGAAUGUUCUAGUUGAUGCGAAAGGGAACAUAAAGAUAUCUGAUUUUGGCCUAAGUGCCUUACCUCAGCAUUUUAGGGAUGAUGGCUUACUACAUACAACCUGUGGAAGUCCCAACUAUGUUGCUCCUGAGAUUCUUGCUAAUAGAGGGUAUGAUGGUGCCACCUCAGAUAUAUGGUCCUGUGGUGUUAUCUUGUAUGUAAUUCUCACAGGAUAUCUUCCUUUCGAUGAUAGAAAUCUUGCAGUUCUCUAUCAAAAAAUAUUCAAGGGGGAUGCUCAGAUACCAAAAUGGUUGUCACAAGGCGCCCAUAACAUGAUAAAGAGAAUUCUUGAUCCAAAUCCUGUUAGCCGGAUAACAAUGGCAGGUAUCAAAGCAGAUGAGUGGUUUAAGCAGGACUAUACUCCUGCAAAUCCUGAUGAUGAAGAAGAAGAUAUAUACAUCGAUGAUGAAGCAUUCUCGAAACGUGAAGUGCCAUCUGAAGCAGAGAAGAGUCCAGGCUCGCCCACUCUCAUCAAUGCCUUCCAGUUGAUUGGAAUGUCUUCCUGUUUAGACCUCUCUGGCUUCUUUGAGAAAGAGGAUGUCUCUGAGAGGAAGAUCAGAUUUACAUCCAAUCACUCUGCUAAGGAUUUACUCGAGAAGAUUGAGAGUACUGUUACAGAGAUGGGAUUUCGCGUUUUGAAGAAAAAUGGAAGGUUGAAAGUGGUGCAAGAGCACAACAAGGGGCAGAAAAGCUUGGGUAGUCUUUCAGUAGCAGCAGAGGUGUUUGAGAUUAGUCCAUCCUUAUUUGUAGUUGAAUUAAGAAAAGCGUAUGGAGAUUCUUCAGUUUAUAGACAGCUGUGUAAAAAGCUAUCAAAUGAUUUAGGAGUUCAGCCUAGCCAAGACCUGUUGACCACAGGAGUGUGAAUACCGUUUUUUGUUGGCUCAGGCAACAUUACAAGCCUUGAGUACUGUACUUAGAAUCUAGAAAAAUGUAGUCUGUGGUUUUUUUUCUUCUCUAUUACAUCAUAAUUGAGUAGAUAUGUCAAUAUAUUACAAAUAGCACGGUAAUAUUCAAGUUGUAUAGAUGGGUAGACGUGUAGAACCAAUAAUGUUGGAAGCCAUACAUUGAUGAUGGCAGUGUAAAACAGCAAUUUUUAUAAUAUUCUUUUGUUUGUUUAUA